UCUUUACCCUUUUUCUACUUCUAUUUCCACUUCUUGUUUUUUCUCAAAGUGUCAAAUACUCCUACUUGAUUUGGUGAAAUGGGUUCGGAGCUAAAAGAAAAUGUGGGUGGUGAUGGUGGUGGGUGGAAGGCUGAGGUUGACACCACAGCACCCUUUGAGUCAGUGAUGGAAGCUGUGACCCGAUUCGGUGGAAUCGGGUACUGGAAACCCCAUACCCGUGACCCAUCUCAAACUACUACUUCCCGGGUACCCGACUCAGAAAAAGUAGAGGAUGAGGCAACACAUUUACAAAACAAAGUAGCAGAAGAAAAGGAAACACGCGAAAUCUUGAAAGAAAUUGAAGCAACAAAAACAAGAUUCGAAGAACUGAAAGUCAAACUACAAAAAGAAGAAGCUAAAGUCGACACACAUUCAUCUGAUUGUCAAAGCAACGAUAGUGACACAGCUGCUAAUGCACAAGUCUCUGAAGUAGAGCUAUCUAAAACCGAGAUUUUAAAAAGGGUAGAGGAAGCAACAGAGGAAGUAAAACAUUGUACUAAAGUUAUCGAAGAAGCCUUGAGUCGGGUCAACACUUGUAGACAGAAAUCAUCAGAGUUUGAGAAUUUGGGGCCUCCCAUGUCCAUAGGACAGAUACUAAGUAGGAAAUUGGUUUUGGCUGAAAAGAAUUCCGCCAAGAGUUGUAUGAAAUGGAAAGUCUCGUUGUCGCAAGUCCUUAGAAAAACUGGUCAUGGGGAAAAGAGAGGUAGUCAUGGUGGUGGUGAGAAAAGAGUUCCGACAAAGAGAAUGAAGUUCGGGUUCUGCGUUUGAUUCGGGUUAAGGAGUUGUGGGCUUGUGAAUGUCUUGUAUUAUGUAUGAACUUGUGCUAUAAUGUUGAAGAUGAAACUCA